AUGAACCUUGUGGUAGGAUUCCAGAUUGGAAACUUAUCAGACCUCAUCAACAAAGCUGCGAUAAUCGAGCAGACCCAGAAUGCAAAUUCAGGGUAUUCCGACCAAAAUGCAGAUUUUGGGUAUUCCCACCAGAAAAAGAGAAAUGCCUCACAAUGGAACCACUCAGGAGAGCAAUCCAGUAAGAAGAGAUUUCACCAAAACCCACAAAGAAAUUUUACACCACAACACCCCCGUCAACAAGGAAAUGGCGGUCACCGUGCACCAUGUGAGAAAUGUGGAAGGCCUCAUACAGGAAACUGUCUGUUUGGGCAGCUGGUAUGUUACAAAUGCGGGAAACCUGGACAUAUCCAACGAGAUUGCAAGGCCCCUCCCAACAACCAAGGCGGUCAGAAACGCCUUGAGGAACAGAAGAACCAUGCAAUUGCUCGGGUUUAUGCUCUAACGCCUGGUGAUGCAUCAGCGUCCAAUGAAGUGGUGGCAGGUACCCUCCCUAUUUCUAAUGGUAUAGCUUCCGUUCUUUUUGAUCCUGGAGCAACGCACUCAUUUGUUUCAUACUUCUUUGCUAAAACAAGUAACCUAAAGCUAGAAUCAUUAGAUGUAAGCUUAGCAGUGACUACCCCUGUAGGAAAGACAGUCGUAUGUACCUCGGUAGUUAGACGUUGUCCUGUAUCAAUUAAAGGUCAUGUCAUGCCAGUAAAUCUUGUAAUAUUCGAGAUGAGCGGGUUUGAUGUGAUCUUAGGAAUGGAUUGGCUAUCCAUGUACCAUGCGUGCGUGGAUUGUUUCCACAAGGAGAGGAGAAAGCAGAAGCAAAAAUCGAAGAGAUACCCGUUGUACGGGAAUUUAUCGACGUUUUUCCGGAUGAAUUGCCGGGAAUACCUCCCAAUAGGGAAAUCGAAUUCACUAUAG